GUGGUUAGGGUCCACCUUACCAUUAAAAAUAAUAAUUUAGGAACAGUAGUAAUAUUGUUUUAUUUUACUGAUAUAACUAUUAAUUGAUCAUUAAUUAUGAGUAGAUAAUUGAAAUAACAUAGAGAUCAUCAUAUUAGUGAAACUACAAAAUGUCGUAAAUCAUAUAGGAGUAUAUUUCUUAUAAAUUAUGAUUUUUAUCAAUGAAAUUUAUGUUAAAAGUUAGUAUUCGAACAAAAAAUUUACAAUAAACUACUCGAACAUCGCCCGAGCACAACGCUAGUAUUACAAUUGAAAUGCAACACUUUAAAUAAAUUUUUUAUAAAAAUAAAAAAUAAAAUAAAAUAAUAAAAGUUAAUAAAAAUGACCUGAUAUUUACCCAAAUUUCUUCACUUUAGAAAUCCAUCACUUGUAGCCUUGUAGCUUCUCUAGUAAGACAAACAGAACCUUACAGCUUUUGAAAAAGAAAAGUUUACACAAUCUGAAUCACCCAUCCGUGCACCAUAAUAUUUUUUUUUUUUUUUUUUUUUGGAAUAGUUAAUCAAAAAUUUAUUUUUCAAGACAAAAAUAUAAUGAUGUAGUACAAUCACAUUAUUCAAAUACUCUCUUACAGUGACAGCAAAGCAACCAUAAAUAAAAAUUUCAUAAAUAACAAAAAUAAAAAUAAUCAGUAAAAAUCAAGAUUUCACAAAAUAAAAAGGACAAACCAAAUAUCUUCAACCCAUUUUCUCCCAAAUUUUCUCCGCCAAGUCUCCAUCUCACUUCACUCCCACAAAAAUCAGAAAAAUAAAUUGAAUUUUAUUCUUUUUUUGUUAAAAAAAAAGAGGAUGAGGUUUUCGUCAAGCUCAAAACCCAUAUCAAGUCCAGGUAGGACAGAGAAAUUCCCACCUCCAUUAAUGAGGUUUUUGCGAAGCAAUGUUGGAAGCCGAAGUAGCAGAAGAAGAACAAGAAAACCACCAUUGUUUAUGCGGCGAAAGAAAGCUCUUACUUCUUCUUCCGCCAUUGAAACAACUCAAGAACCUUCUUCACCCAAGGUUACUUGCAUGGGUCAAGUUAGGGUCAUAAGGUCUAAGAGUAAAAAUAGAAGUUCAACUUCUCAAAACCCCAACAAAAAUAGCACCCAAAAUAACAAUAAUAAGAAGGAUAACAAGGAUACUAGUAAGAAGAGUUGUUGUUAUUGUUUUCGAAAACCGGGUUUUUAUAGAUGGAAUUUAUGCAAGCCGAAGUUUCCGAAAUGGGUUUCGUUCUUUAAUUGUAGGAGUGUUAAGGUGCGGACGGAUUCCUCCAAGUUCGGGUCAAAUCGGUUCGAGCAAGAGGAGAAUAGUGCUGCUGUUGAGCCUGACGAAGGGAGGGAAAGACGAAAAUCGAUUACGAUUGAGGAGAUAACAACGACGAUGACAGAAACAACACCACCACCGAAGAAUGCGUUGUUGUUGACAAGGUGUAGAUCUGCGCCAUACAGAUCUUCGUCAUUAGCGUGUCGUUUUUGGGGGUCGCCAUUAAGAGGAAAGUCAGAGGACACAGAAACAGAAAACAGAGUUUCGGGAAUUGAAGUGAGCAGAGAUUCGACUUUAUCACAAUCGAGGAGAGAUCGAGACAAUAAAACUGAAAGAAGACCAAGUUUAAAAAAAGAGGUCGAAAUUUGUGCCCUCGUUCAACAUCAGGGUGUUACCACACCUCCUACUAUUACGGAUUCCGUAAAUGAUAUAUUCCAUGAAACAUUACCGGAAUGUAAAAAACACGAUGGAGGAGUCGAAGCUGCGAAAGCGUUGAUGCUAAUGAGAUGCAAGUCAGAACCAGCUAGAAGAGAUUCGGGAGAACUUGAUCCGUUAAGCGCUGAAUUUUGGAGGCAUCGAAGGUCGGGAAAUAUUGAAUCUAGUACAAUACAUUCACAUGCAGCUGAUUGAUUCUGCUAAAUUUAAUAGUUCGAAUAUACUACUGCAAAUGCUAUAUUUUUUAUUUUAUUUUAACUUUGGAUACUCUUUUUAUUAAAAUCUUUUUCCUUAAUUUAAAUAUUACCCUGUCAAUCUAUUUGUUUUUUUUUUUUUUUUUUUUUUUUUUUUGUGGGAGAAGCCACUGAAGCUUUUACUUUGUACAGAGUACUUCUUCGUAUUAUAUUAGCAAUUCCAAUGUUUUGCUAAAAUCUAUUACAGUAAAAUCAAGUCAUCAUAUUUCUUUUUUAGUUACUUCAAGUUAAAGAAUUAAUCAAAGGGCAAAAACUACCGAAACGAUUUACAUGGUAACAAGGAAGAUGCGUAUGGUAAGUUGCUGACUUAUUGCAGUAGCAGAAUAGAGUGUCCCCACUCGUGCAAAAAAAAUGACUUGCAAAACCGGGUCUGAUUGCCUCAACUUGUGCACUUUGCUUCAACAACUGUGCGCUGCCCGCUGGUGUACGCUUUCAAUUGUGCUCCUCACUAGUCACUACCCAGUAGUAAUACUCCCUCCGUCUCAUAAUA